UUGCGAAAGUACAAACACGACACCGGAAGUGAUUCGUGUUUUUACCGUUUGUAGCAUUUUGUUACAAUUCCUUAUUAACUUACGUUAAUAAUUUUACUUACUAGCAGCAAAUAUGCAAAAUUAUAGUGCGAACACUACAGGUAGGAUUCAACUGAUAUAUCGGUGUUUAUAAAUGCAGUUAUCACCGCACAUUUAGCUCAAAAUCGACUAUUCAUAACGAAAGUUCAUGUUAGCAUACAUCUUGGAGAGGAGGAGCUAACGUUAGCUUCCAUGCGGUAAUGUAGCUAAACUGCUCACUAACAUUAGCUUGCACCAAGUGGCGUUCAGAUAAGUGUGAUAAUUUAUUUAAUGUUGUACUUAUGCCUGUCAUAAUGUCUGCCUUCUAUCGAUGCGGUCUGUUGAACCGUGUUUGCACUUUAAAGAAACAAACGGGUUUAAUACAAGUCAUGAGAUUUGGUUAUAAUGCGCCUCAUCCACAGUGGAAGACACCCGACAGUCUGCUCCGAGCUGGAAACACAGCCAUAACACAGGCUGCUAACCUAAGUACUAUGGCCCAUAAGUCAAGGAAGCUCAGUGUUUCUUGUUCAAGAGGUCUUUCAACUUCAACCGAGAAUGUGACAGCUCGAGUGAAGAGGGUUUCUAUCGAGGGCAACAUAGCUGUUGGAAAGUCUACCUUUACUAGGCUCUUGCAGUCAGCUUGUCCAGACUGGGAGGUGGUGUCAGAACCUGUCAGCAAAUGGCAGAGCAUUGAGGGUGGGACCUCAAAGGGGACAGACGCGCCUCCCCAGACGACAGUAAGCAACCUGCUGCAGAUGAUGUACCAGGACCCUCAACGCUGGUCAUACACAUUUCAGACAUUUUCCUGUAUGACCCGGCUGAGAACACAGCUGCAGCCUCCUCCAGCUCACCUACUCAGCUCAAAGGGAACACCUGUCCAGGUGUAUGAGCGCUCUGUCUACAGCGACAGAUACAUCUUUGCCCUGAACAUGUUUGAGCUGGGUUGCAUCAACUCUACAGAGUGGGCAGUCUAUCAGGACUGGCACUCCUUCCUGGUGGAGCAGUUUGGACACCAGGUGGAGCUGGAGGGCAUCAUCUACCUCAGAGCCCUACCAACGAAAUGCAUGGAGCGUCUGGAGCUUCGGGGCAGGGCCGAAGAAAAAGGAGUGAAACUGGACUAUCUGGAUAAGCUGCACGUUCAACAUGAGAAGUGGCUUGUUGAGAAAAGCACUGAAGUACAUUUUGAGAAGUUGAAGCAGAUUCCUGUGUUACAACUCGAUGCCAGUGUGGAAUUUCAGAGUGACCCAGACGCGCAGAAGGAAUUUAUAACAAAGAUAAAGAACUUCUUCAAUACUAUAUGAGAAGAUCAUCAUCAGCUACCAUCAACAGUGGGAAACCGAAUAAUCCAGACUUUCAACUGACAAAUAACUGCACAUGAGCCUCUAAUAGAGUGAAGGACAUAUUAAGUAAUAUGAAAAUGUUUUGUCUUUUGGAUAAGCUGCAGGACCAUACAACAUGAAACACACAGAUUAAGUUAUGUCUGUGUGUGUUACCUCUAAAGAGACUCGUAGAUUGUUACAUUUUUUUCAGUUUUUUGUUGUUUCCAUGUUUGUUUGUUUAGAGAUUCAGUUGGUAAUUUAAAUUAUUUAUGCUGUACUGUUUGUUCCGCUUAAAAUCCAAACAAAGUCUGCGCUGUCACUGCUAUGAUCAUUUAGAAACACUGUUUAUUGACCAUCAUACAGUUUUUAUGUAUUUUACUGUUUUACACAUUCCUCACUGACAGGAAUAGCAAACAACACAAGUAUCAUAUCUUUUGUUUGUUAAUAAAAUAAAAACAAAUUCUUAAAUUUUC